AUGCUAGAUAUGCUAUCCCAAAAAUCAAAAAGGGUUGCUACUUUGAGCCUUUAUCAAUUUGAUAUAAUUUUAAACAAGAUUGUUGUGAAAGAAGUGUUGUACCCUGCCAAGACAGAGUCAUUGUCCGAAGGAAGAAAGAGAGAAGGCUUAUUCACUCACUCACUCACAAAAUCACCAAAAAAUCAUAAACUCCCAUCCCAAAAAGUGAAAUCAAGACAAGCAAAGUUUUAG